UAUGCCACAAAGAAGUCGAGACAAGUUGUUGUCAGACAAUCGUGGCUCAAUGUGUACAACACAAAGUAUAGGGGAGGAAAUCGAUGUCUUUAAAAAAUAAAAUAUAUAUAUAUAUAUAUAUAUAUAUUAGAUACUCGCAAUAGACAUGACGGAAAUGUUUUCAAAUCUGUAUGGGCAAAAUGAAGCUCAGGGACCUCCCGGAUCAUCGUCUUUGGGAUUCGGACCGGGAAAACCACCACCGCCUCUGCCGCCAAAUCAAGUCACGAUGGCGGCUCAGAUGCCACCUCAGCACGGGGAUGAGGGGCCUGCUCUACGGAAGCCGGGAGCAAUGAACGAACCUUUUUAUUUACUGCGAGAGCUACCAGUGGGCAAUGAGCUGACGGGCAACACCAACCUAAUCACCCAUUACAACCUGGAACACGCCUACAACAAGUUCUGUGGCAAGAAGGUUAAGGAGAAGCUCAGCAACUUCCUGCCAGAGUUACCAGGUAUGAUAGACUGUCCUGGCACCCAGGAUGGCAGUUCGUUGCGCUCUCUGAUAGAGAAGCCUCCAGUGUGUGGCAACUCCUUCAGCCCUCUGACCGGAGCCAGCCUCGCCGGCUUCAGACUGCACACCGGACCUCUACCAGAGCAGUACAGACUGAUGCACAUCCAGCCCCCAAAGAAAAAGAGCAAAAACAAGCACAAACACCACCGACCACAAGAUCCCAUACCGCAAGAAACACCGUCAGACUCUGACCCCAAGAAGAAGAAGAAAAAGAGGGAUGAUGACCCCGAUCGCAAGAAGAAAAAGAAGGACAAGAAAAAGAAGAAGAACCGCCACAGUCCGGACCACCCUGGCUUGGCUGGCUCUCAGCCCAACAGCAACAGCCUCCGAUAGACCAGACAGACACCGUGUGUGUGUGUGAGGAGCAGCGAGUGAAUGUGUUUGAAGAGAAUCAGGAACUGUUUGUGAGAAUGUAUGCAGAUACGAGAGAUUAUGCAUGUGUGAGAGAGGGAUACGCAAAUGUCUGUUUGUACAGUAUGUGAGUUUGUGAGAAAGGUCACGUGUGUAGGUGGCAGAUUGGAUGUGCGCAUGGUAGAGUAAUGUUGUUACAGUAUGACAGAAGGCCACUGUGAUGUUCUGACUGAGUACAGUGCCUUCGGAAAGUAUUCAAACCCCUUGACCUUUUCCACAUUUUGUUACGUUAAUUGAAUCAAUUUUAGAAUAAGACUGUUUUUUCCCCCCUCA